UCAUAAAAUUAAAAGAAAAAAAAAACGCUAUUUUUUUUGUAGCAACAAGGAUUAAUUUUAAUAGACUGUAGAAGAAUAUCACAUUUCGUUUUUGUUUAAUGACCAUUCAGAACUAAAUUUAUCAAUUUUGAGAAACUAAUGUGCUUUAUUAGAGCUUGUCUGGAUAUUUUCAUUUUGUUGAAACCUUCAGUAAUUCUGUUUACAUGUGUGAAUUGUUAGGUGCUUACUUUGUUGCAUACACAGAAUCAAAACAUAUUUUACAUAAAACGGACUCCAAACAAGAAAAUAGGAAGAAAUAAGUAAAUAAAAAAACAUCGCAAAUACUGAAUGACUGAUAGUUUUUGGAGUUUCAGAAUGACUGACACAUCAGUGACUUAAAAUGACAAAUGUAUAUUUAAAGAAGAACUGCAGUAUGGUUACUGAAAGAAUUGAAACAAUAAUUUUAUGAAAUACAAAAGUGAACAUAUAGAUGUUGAAAUGAGAAAGUGGUCGAAUUUUUAAUUUAGUGUGCAAGUUUUGUCUGAAAUGGUGACUAUCUCAAGCCCUCCUCCCCAACUAUCCACAUCAUCCAUAAUGGAGAAUACCGGUGAUAUUGAUGAAGGCAUGGAUGGACUUUUGGAGAAAUUAAAACAGAACAUGCUGGAACUAAUUCUACAAGGAGAUGACGUAACACGACAAAUGUGGCACAUGUACUCUGUGUUCGAAGAUAUCUUCGGCAAUCAGACCAUGACUACCUCAAGCAAUCAGCCUCUGAAGCAUGUGGUGGUCGGUGACAGAUUGAAAGGAUCCUCAAUGGGACCAUCAAAAUGCAAAACUCCCGAAAGGGUAACUCCAACUAGUCCUAUACCGUCGUCCACGGUGACAACGACUACCUCCUCACCAGUCACUAAUACUACAGUCACAUGUUCCAUGGUUCCGUUGAGCUCUUCAAGCCCCAAUCUUUCACCUGUAGAUAGUAAAUCAAUUUUAUCAAUUGAAAGUACCACAGCCAUAUCCAAGCCUACUAAAAUACAGAGUCAUACAACAACACCACCACCUCCAUCCGUAACAGAAAACACCAGUCCCUCUAUUUCUGUUCGAACGCCAGAAAGUUCCAAACCUAAAAGUUCUGGUCUGCUGCCAUCUCAAUCUUCACCGGAGUCGGCAAAGAGCGAUCCCAUUGCCAUGCUGGGACUGAAUCCACCAUCUAAUCCAUUGUUGGAUACAAUAGGAGAGCUAGCUAAUUCCAAUGCAGAUUCAGAUGAUUCAGAUCUUGAUAUCGUUUACCAGCAGCUAAGGUAUCAAGGUCGACAACGCAAACCAGAACAAAUGCGAGUUCGAACACACCGCACUCACAGACACCACCAUCAACAGAUACCAAACAGUGAUCCAGAAUCUAUAGCAUAUGCUGGUUCCAACUCCAUUGACAGUGGUUACAAGAGCUUGUGUGCUACACCUGAAGUAUCAGACAGUCUUAGUGCUCCCGAAGUGCGAAGGAGUGGUUCUGAUGUCAGUGCGUCCGACUCUUCAACAACAUCCGGUAGGCCCCGAAGUUUGGACGGACAGGAUGGAAAGUCUACGAAAAUCAAAAUGGGAACUAGAUCAAUUGCUGGUAAAUUCAAAAUGAUUGAUAGAUCAUCCAGGCAACCUCACACUACUUCACACAUGAAUGACGUCACAUUGGAUCAUCUUAUGUAUCUGAGACAAUCGCUCAGGAAAGACCGAGGCGAUUCACAGCGAUCUCCGAGCGAUUCGUCAGCAACGAGUACGACAUUCCGGGAUAGCGGCGGCGAUCUAUCACCUCGGACUAUGACAGAUGAGGAGUGGAAGGAUCGUCCUUUUCGGAGAGCAAUUAGUUCAUCUUCAGAGUCCACGUUCACGGGAGGCAGGAGCUCCAGGAGCAGUUCUCGAGGCGAGGCAGAGAUUGAUCAAGAAGGAGGUGGUGAGAGUUCCUCUGAUUUCUUGCUUAGUGGUGUGGAGUAUUAUGACUUGGAGAGUAUUCAGGAAUUUCCACCUAGCAAUAAUUAUGUCACGAUGCUCGAAGAGAAGACAAGGUGCGCGAGAUUUCAGCUUGUAACGGCACCUAAAUGUGCAGAGCCACUCAGUGAGAGGCAACUUAGUUCCUUGUACAGAAAGCGGAGUGAAUCCACGCAAUCUGUGGACGGUGAUCAUUCCAGAACUCCACAACAACCUAUGUAUGGUGUAACGGGUCACGCCCCUCGGACUUUUCGAAAUGCUGCCAAGCUUGUGCAACGACACCAUCGGCAACAUCAUGCCACGGACUCUAAACUAACAGAGGCAGCGAUUCGUGUUCUGGAGAUGAUCGAAGACUUCAGGAUGGAAGAAGCUAUGACACGCUCUGGAAGAAUUAUUCCGUACCAGGCGACAGGCGAACCACACUCGUCUCAACUAAUGUCUGGUUCAUCUGGUGCUACAGGCAACUACCCGUCCACAGCCGUUCCACACCAAUCGUUCCUACCCAGGUACCAAAAAGCUCCUGGUUUCAGAUCAGGUGGCAGACCUGCAUCAACGGGAUCGCUUCUGGAACAAGAUAUCGAUGCUCGAAGUGUUGCAUCAGCAUCGUCUUAUGCAGCAUCGGCAGAGCAUCACGUUUAUGAGGAGAUAAUGUAUGAUUUGGUUUGUGAAAGGGCUGCUGCAAGCAGAGAAAGGGGUAUACCUCCUCCCAUACCACCUGAGAGGGAGAGGAUGGCACGCAGUCGCAUGUUACCCGUUCCUCCUCAUGCAUCAUCUUCGCAUCACCCCCAAGUUUAUGGACAGGUUGCUGUAGACCCUAGACGAGUAAUGCUUAGGAGUCACAAACACCGAAGUAGUAAUCUUUAUUCAAUGUUAUCCAAUGCACACGGGCGAAGUAAUGUGGACAGGUUUCUAGAAAUGGAAUGGCAUCUUGCCCAAGAGAGGAGGGAUAAUCUUCCUCCGGACUUUCCUGUUUGAUGUUUCACAGAAUGUAGUUUAAAUAUGGCUCGGCCAAAGUUAAUUUUGUGCAAAUAAUUAAGUCAAAUGAUGAAAUAUACUUGUUGAAUAGAGAAAAGAAAGUUUAUAUCCAUCCUGAAUGGUAUGUGUGCACUUAUUGGACUCGAGUGGUGUCAAGUUGUAUGCCAACUUGUGUGUAUUUUAAAUGUAAAGUAAGUUGAUUGUAAAAAACUGUAGCACAACAUGCUCAUAACAAAAACAAUUAGUGUACUAAAUUUAUUAGAACUAACACUGGUGAUACAUUACAUUUAUAAAUGCUAUUUAUAAACAUAUACAAAUUAUUCCUUGAUUUUUAAUGUUUUUUUUUCAUCACAUUUUUUAUGCUUUAAAUUGUAAAUUGAAAUUUCGUUAAAUUGUAUUUU